AUGGCAAGUAGGGCUCCUCCCUCCCUCGGUAAGUUCUGUGGUAAUGUUGAGGUUAUACAGUGCAUGUAAAAAAAAAAAUAUAUAUAUAUUUUCCAUUUGAGGAGUGCCUCAGGAAUACACUAAGCUCUUUCUUUAACAGGGGAGACCCACCAUCGGUCAGAGAUGAAUAUUGUGCUAAUUGGGGGAAGAGGGAUGUGGGGUAUAGAAGCCAGCGGGAAGAGUUCGAUAGGAAACACCAUCCUGGGCAGAGACAUUUUUGAGACGGGAAGAAGAACUGCCCAAUGUGUGAGUGGACAACGGUAUGUGUAUGGGAGACAGAUAACUGUGAUUGACACCCCAGGCUGGUGGUGGGGUUAUCCUGUAGAUAACACUCCCAAAUUGGAUCAAUUGGAAAUCAUGAGAAGUGUAUAUCUAUGUCAUCCUGGACCCCAAGCCUUUCUCUUGGUCAUUCCCGUGGACACUGCUUUUCAAAACAUUGACAAAAGAUCGUUACAGGAACACCUGGAGCUAUUCAAUGAAAGAGUCUGGAGACACACUAUUGUGCUGUUUAGUACAAUCAUUCCCCCCAAUCACAGAAGUUUACAGAAACACAUAAGAGAUUGGCCGGAUCUUCAUUGGCUUAUUAAGAAGUGUGGGAACAGGUAUCAUGUUCUGAAUGUCAAUAGCGGGGGUGAUAGCACCCAGGUCACAGAGCUGCUGGAGAAGAUAGAAGACAUGGUGGCAGGAAACGAUGGCAAUCAUUAUGAGACAGACCCAGCUCUUUCAGAAGAGCUGGAAGAGAAGAGAUUAGCAGUGAAUGAAGUAGCCAAACAGAUGAUGGCUAAGGUACAGAAACAAAGGACCAGACUCAGAGCGCUGAUCGAAGGUGAGCUUAAAUCUGUGUGAAAUACUAAGGACAAGAUUGAAUGAAACCUGAAAUAGCAUUAUAAUUUACAUAUACAGUGAGGGAAAAAAGUAUUUGAUCCCCUGCUGAUUUUGUACGUUUGCCCACUGACAAAGAAAUUAUCAGUCUAUAAUUUUAAUGGUAGGUUUAUUUGAACAGUGAGAGACAGAAAAACAACAAUAAAAUCCAGAAAAACACAUGUAAAAAUGUUAUGAAUUUUUUUUUCAUUUUAAUGAGGGAAAUAAGUAUUUGACCCCUCUGCAAAACAUGACUCAGUACUUGGUGGCAAAACCCUUGUUGGCAAUCACAGAGGUCAGACGUUUCUUGUACUUGGCCACCAGGUUUGCACACAUCUCAGGAGGGAUUUUGUCCCACUCCUCUUUGCAGAUCUUCUCCAAGUCAUUAAGGUUUCGAGGCUGACGUUUGGCAACUCGAAUCUUCAGCUCCCUCCACAGAUUUUCUAUGGGAUUAAGGUCUGGAGACUGGCUAGGCCACUCCAGGACCUUAAUGUGCUUCUUCUUGAGCCACCCCUUUGUUGCCUUGGCCGUAUGUUUUGGGUCAUUGUCAUGCUGGAAUACCCAUCCACGACCCAUUUUCAAUGCCCUGGCUGAGGGAACAAGGUUCUCACCCACGGUACAUGGCCCCGUCCAUCGUCCCUUUGAUGCGGUGAAGUUGUCCUGUCCCCUUAGCAGAAAAACACCCGCAAAGCAUAAUGUUUUCACCUCCAUGUUUGACGGUGGGGAUGGUGUUCUUGGGGUCAUAGGCAGCAUUGCUCCUCUUCCAAACACGGCGAGUUGAGUUGAUGCCAAAGAGCUCGAUUUUGGUCUCAUCUGAACACAACACUUUCACCCAGUUCUCCUCUGAAUCAUUCAGAUGGUCAUUGGCAAACUUCAGACGGGCCUGUAUAUGUGCUUUCUUGAGCAGGGGGACCUUGCGGGCACUGCAGGAUUUCAGUCCUUCACGGCGUAGUGUGUUACCAAUUGUUUUCUUGGUGACUAUGGUCCCAGCUGCCUUGAGAUCAUUGACAAGAUCCUCCUGUGUAGUUCUGUGCUGAUUCCUCACCGUUCUCAUGAUCAUUGCAACUCCACGAGGUGAGAUCUUGCAUGGAGCCCCAGGCCGAGGGAGAUUGACAGUUCUUUUGUGUUUCUUCCAUUUGCGAAUAAUCGCACCAACUGUUGUCACCUUCUCACCAAGCUGUUUGGCGAUGGUCUUGUAGCCCAUUCCAGCCUUGUGUAGGUCUAUAAUCUUGUCCCUGACAUCCUUGGAGAGCUCUUUGGUCUUGGCCAUGGUGGAGAGUUUGGAAUCUGAUUGAUUGAUUGCUUCUGUGGACAGGUGUCUUUUAUACAGGUAACAAACUGAGAUUAGGAACACUCCCUUUAAGAGUGUGCUCCUAGUCUCAGCUCAUUACCUGUAUAAAAGACACCUAGGAGCCAGAAAUCUUUCUGAUUGAGAGGGGGUCAAAUACUUAUUUCCCUCAUUAAAAUGCAAAUCAAUUUAUAAAAUUUUUGACAUGCGUUUUUCUGGAUUUUGUUGUUGUUAUUCUGUCUCUCACUGUUCAAAUAAACCUACCAUUAAAAUUAUAGACUGAUCAUUUCUUUGUCAGUGGGCAAACUUACAAAAUCAGCAGGGGAUCAAAUACUUUUUUCCCUCACUGUAGUUUGCAUAAGACAUGAGUACCCACCCCCUCUCUUACCUCAGAGCAUUUGAUCUGCAUCCUCACUGUAGCUUUUUGAUUUAUUUUACAUUUGAAAGGAGAGGCAACUAGCCCAACAUACCUCAGGCUUGUGAUUGUUGGGGCACAAUGGGCUGCCAGGAGCUCAGCAGGAAACACCAUUCUGGGGGAAGGUGUGUUUGACGUUGCUGGUAAUACAAGAAGAACAGUGCACUGUGUGACAAGACAUGGUGAAGUAGCAGGGAGGCAGCUUAUGGUGGUUGAUACACCAGGCUGGUACUACAAUAAUUCUCUACAGAACACCUCCAAGAUGGAUAGGUUUGAGAUAGUGCGCAGUGUGUCUCAAUGUCCUCCAGGACCUCAUGCGGUCCUUCUGGUGAUUCCCUUUGCAACAGCAUUCAACAAAUCAUAUAAGAGAGCUGUUGAGGACCACAUGGGUCUCCUCACAGAUGCAGUCUGGAAGCACACGAUUGUGCUCUUCACACGAGGAGACUGGCUGGGAGACACAACUGUUGAGCAGCGCAUUGCGAGUGAAGGGAAGGGUCUUCAGUGGCUCAUUGAGAAAUGUGGUAACAGAUACCAUGUUUUUGACAACAAGAAUCGAAGUGAUGGAACACAGGUAACCGAGCUGCUGGAGAAAGUAGAGGAGAUGGUGGUAGAAAACAGAGGUUGUCCUUAUGAAAUUGACAGAGAUGUUUCAGCAGACUUGGAACAGAAAAAGAGGGCUGGAGAAGAAAGAGCUCAAAAGAUCAUGAUGAAGGUGCAGAGACAAAUGACGACACUCAGAGAACUGUUUAGAGGUGAGUCUAUUUGAAUUCUAAGCAUAAAACUAACAGAAUAUGCCUACUUUCACCCCUUCUACAAUCAUUGUUUAUGUUUCCUCUGUGGACAAACAUUUGUGCAUAUCUCCUAGGUAAAAAAAAUAGCCAUUUGUUAUUGAUUUAGUUUGGAAUUAUUUAGUCUUUGUAAACACCCUUGAGUUUAGGAAAUAGAAGAAAUUUUUUGUUUUUUGUAACAAGAGAAAGCAAAAAUAAUAGAUUUAAUUUUUAAGGGGAGGAACAAAUAAUCUCUGAGGAUGAGUUGAGAAUUGUACUUGUUGGGAGAAGAGCGGCUGGGAAGAGUGUGGCAGGAAACACAAUACUGGUUGGAGAGUUGUUUCCGACAGCUUUGACCAAGGUAUGGAAACUUCAAUUCACCCUGCUCUAUAUUCCUUCAGCUACUGUAUGAGUGCAACAUACUUUGACAUUUUGGAUCCUCCUGUCCUUUAACUGUAAAUAUUAUUUAAAGUGUCUAUCAUUAAAGUGGAAAUUAAAGCCCAGGAAUUGUUGCUUUAAUGCUAGGGAGUUUGUUGAAAUAAAAAAUAUAAAGCGAUGUUUGUUUAUGACAUUCCCCUGUUGGUAACUCCUAAACACAGGUAAAGUUAUUUUCUACUUAAUUAUUCUGAUUAUACAUUUUUUGUUUUUGAUAUAUUUAGGAAUUCAGAAUUCAAAACAGAACUACACUGUGUGUAAUACAACAAAAGAGAGUUGCUGGGAUGAAGCUCAAAGUUGUAGAUACACCAGGCUGGUGGAAGAGAACCCCACAGGAUGCACGAGAUUGGGUUCAAGAUGAAGUGGUGCGCAGUGUGUCUCUCUGUCAACCUGGCCCCCAUGCUUUUCUUCUGGUCAUUCCCAUUUCUGCACCAUUUUCAGAGGGAGACCUCAAAGCAGUAGAGGAGCACCCAGGGCUAUUAACUGAGAAAGUCUGGAGACACACAAUGGUGCUGUUCACCUGGGGAGAUUGGCUAGGAGACCGAGCCAUUGAGGAAUACAUUGAGAGAGAAGGAGAGGCCCUCGAACAACUCAUUGAAAAAUGUGGGAACAGGUAUCAUGUAAUUAACUGCCAUGACUGGGAUGAUGGCUCUCAGGUCACAACACUGUUGAGGAAGGUAAAGGAGAUGGUUGUACGUAACAAAGGGCAACAUUUCGCCAUUGAACAGAAGAGUAGGCAGAAGCCAAUGCUUCACUGGUUAGCAGGAAAGGGCAUGAUGACUGAAGAGGAAUGGAACAAGAGAGAAGAGGAACUCAUAGAGCGGAUGUUGAAGGCAGUGGUGGUAGAACCAGAGGAAUCUAAAUUGCCAUUUGUACGAAGGAAGAAAAGUAUUGAUGAUGGCGUCAUCCCCAGCAGUACGUUUGACAUUAGAUUUUCCAAAUCUGUUAGUUUCUAUUAACUUAGAAAUGCUUAUUUGAAUUCGUAACAUUUCUUGUUGGGUAUUCCAGUCAAAGGGAUCUUCUAACAGUGUUUGUUAUCCUGUGUUUCAGUGAGCUGUGAGACUCCCUCUGAAGUUGGGAGUUCCUACAUAAAUUAUGGAGCACAUGCCAAGGUGUCUGAAUGGAGAGUGAAGAAUGCUGGGAGAUCUGCGGAAUCCUCUGGGCACGGCACUAUGAGUUCAACAGUCAGUUACAUGGGCGAAUCUCUGGACCAAUGGGAGAAUCUUGUCAAGGAGAGUCUGGUGGACGGCAAGAUAAAGGGAAGGAUGUUGGAUAGUCCUGCUAAGUCAGAGGCCCACAUAUAUGAGGUGAAAACCAAA